AACACAACUAUAUAUAGCAAAGCUACGAUGUUGAUUUUCUCGACUCUCGGCUCGUCCACGCAUUGUCCAAAGAUACAAGCAAUCAGAUGAGGAUGAGUUCACACAGAGAAGACACUGAUAACAAAUGAAAAGGGAAGGAUGUGCAAAGUUUAGAAUUUGAACAAUAUACUUGGGAGCUGAACAGAAGCAGAAUGGAAGAAGGGCAAAGAUCGAUGGGUGGUAGUGACAUAGAGAUUGGGGGAUGUACUCCAGCAGACACGCCAUCAGACGGGGAACAUUUGGGAUGUACAGGUAUUGCCACUUGCAAGCCAUACGGAGCAAGUGAAGAAGCAGGCAUGGAGUAUGCUGAAAACAGGGUUGUUGAUGAAGAGAAAGACGGACUUCGUGUUGGCACAGAGGAGGAAGAAGGGGAUGGGAUACAAAACAAGUCACCACCUGGAGCAGAAGCAAAGUCACUAGAGCAAAACAUUGUGGGGUGUUGUCAGUCACCACAGGGAGAAAUAUCAGCAACACCACAGCAACAACAGCGACUCCAUGAUGAUCCUGAUGAAAGAACAGAUCAGGCACAUCUGUCCACAAGUACAACCUGUGUAGUUCAAAAGACAAGAACUCUACAGGUUCCCGGAACAACGGCCCUGACACCAGCGUCCACAUCGUCUCCUCUGCCCAGAAUACCAGGACCUGUUGUUUCAGACAUACAGCUGUCUGAAGUGCCAAUGAAUGGGGAUUCUCCUGCUGUCACACAGUACAACCUUAUACAAGUACAGCAGAAGUUUGGAGAUGUGACAGUGAAGGGCGCUGAGAAUCUGAACAUUGGCGGAACUCAGAAUAUCGGUACAACUCCGACCAACAAAGAGGAAGAGGAGAUACCACUGACUGCAGCACAGAAGAUCAGGAAAAGGACGGCAUCCAGGAUACAGUCAUGGACUGAAGACAUGGUGGAGACAGACGCCCUCAAGAAAGUGAAAGAGAAGCUGGACAGAGGAGCGACCUGGGUGACAAUUAAAGGAAGACCAGGAGAGGGUAAGUCCACAACAGCCUACAUGGCUCUCAAAGAUCAGGACAGUCAAGGGAGACAAGUAUACCAAGUGGUGUCACCAGAGGAGUUCAAUGAGGUGAUAACGGCCUGCGCUAAUCCUGUCAUUAUGUUGGAUGAUAUAUUUGGUGAUCUGGACUUCGACGCUGCACAAUGGACCAGGUGGAGACCAAGUCUUCGACCUAUUCUGGAUGUUAAGCAUCCUGACAAAUAUGCUGACAAAGAUGCUUUGGGUAUUUCUACCAAACCUGAAAAGGUUCUAGAGAGGACAAAAGUUGGUCAAACACAGGUGAAAAGUCCAAACAAAGACAAAACUGUCAUUAUCCUCGUAGGCCGUGACUAUGUGCUGAAUUCCUCAUUGGCAGACUUGGGAAGGAUGGCAGAUUACAUUUCUAGUCCCCAGUACUUGGUGGAAGUUUCCUCACAGAGAGGCUCUUAUGAGCGAAGGCAGAUAUGGCGUGUUCAUGCUGGAACAAAAAGCAUACACUUUGAAGACUCAACUGUGUCUUCGAUAUGUGAGAUAGACUGCCCACACGGCUUCCCCCAUGUCUGUAAAAUGUCUGUCGCAGCAUAUGAAAAGGAUUGGACUCCACUUCAAACGCAGAUGUUGUUUCAAGCACCACUGGAUUUCCUCAGAAUGACUCUGGAGAACUUUGUUAAAGAUGGGAUAAAGCGUUCUCUGUUCAUGGCUAUGAUUAAAAGAGAUGGGAAGAUUAGUGGACACGACUUGGAGGAGGAUGAUAACCUCGGUUAUGAAGGCAGAGCAGCUGCUGAUGAUAUGGUUGGAUCUUACCUCAAGAAGGAAGGUGACACCUUCGUGUUUGAUCAUCCGUCUAUAUAUGACAGUGUUUCCUUUAUUCUCAGUACAAAGCUAUCGAAGUUUGUCAUCAACAAUUGUAGUUUGUCCUUUAUAAAUCAACGACUUCGUCUUGCACCCUCCAUAGAAAAAGAGAAAACAGUUGCCUGUGAGACAGGCGUGGUUGCAAACAUCUCGUGGACGUAUGCUGGACAUUUAGCAAGAAGAUUUGCAUCUGAAAUUGAACGGAGCAAUUUGUUAUAUGUUUUAUCACACCAGGCAUGUUGUAAUGCAGACUUUGUUGGCUUGCUAAUGGACUGCCUGAAGACCCGGUUUCACAUGCGUGCAUCUGAUAUUGUGAAACUAACUGAUAACUUAUCAAAGAAGUCAUUUUGUGAAGUACUGUCCAGCAGCAAGUCAGAUCAUCUCAUCAAAUAUAUUAUGGAGACAGAAAAUAUCUCAUUCACCCAGAGUGAAAGAAGGGACCUUUUACUGGGUGUGUGCAGGAAUGCUGCCUGCAGUGUACUGAAAUAUAUCAGUGGGCAUAUGGAACUUGACGUAAAUGCUAGAUACGGUUGGAGAAAGGUGACGCCGCUUAUGUUGGCAGCAAAAACCAGGGACAGUGAGUUUGUCAAUCAGAUUAUAUCUCUUCAUCCUGACCUGAAUGCAAGAGACAAGUUCGGUCAAAGUACGUUUUAUUAUCUUUGUGAAAGUGGCCUCACAUCAGCUGUGGCCCAUGCAAUUGACAUGGGAGUGGAAGUUAGUCAGGACCAUGGGUCAGAUGGACACCCUCUAUACCAUGCCAUAGAGGAAGGUCAUUUAGAGAUUGUGAAACUGUUGGUUAAUAGAAAAUGUGAUCUAGAUAACCAGAAAGGUCUUGCAUGUGCUGUUAGGAGCCUGAACGCGAACAUGCUACGUUAUUUUCUAGACAGAGGAGCAGUGAUUGACGGCAGUGUUGUGUGCAGAGCUUGUGAGGUCGGGCACGGAAAUAUAUUCGAGAUGCUGUUUGAGAAUGGUGCUACUGUUAAUACAGUGUUACCUAAUGGAGACACUCCUCUACUCAGUUCAUGUGAAGGAAACCCAACAGUUGUCUCGUGUUUGCUGAAGAAAGGAGCAAGUGUCAAUCAAGCUUCAAAUGUUACAGGUGACACACCACUUCAUAGAGCAGCAAGACGGGGAUCUACACAGUGUAUUGAUGUCUUAGUGAAGGCUGAGGCUGAUGUUAAUUUACAGAAUAAUACAGGUGACACACCACUUCAUAGAGCAGCAGGAAGGGGAUUUACAGAGUGUGUUGAUGUAUUACUGAAGGUUGGAGCUGAUGUUAAUGUACAGAAUAAUACAGGUGACACAUCACUUCAUGCAGCAGCAGCAAGGUGGGUAUCUACAGAGAGUAUUGACGUGUUACUGAGGGCUGGAGCUGACGUUAAUGUACAUAAUAGUACAGGUGACACACCACUUCAUAGAGCAGCAGCAGCAGUGUGGGAAUCUACAAGGCAUGUUGAUGUGUUAGUGAAGGCUGGAGCUGAUGUCAAUGUACAGAAUAAUACAGGUGACACACCACUUCAUAGAGCAGCAGCAGCAGAUAUUAGACCUUCAGAGCGUGUUGAUGUGCUACUGAAGGCUGGAGCAGAUGUUAAUGUACAGAACAAUACAGGUGACACGCCACUUCAUAGCGCAGCAACCAAAUGGAGAUCUACAAAGAGUGUUGAUGCGUUAGUGAAGGCUGGAGCUGAUGUUAAUGCACAGAACAAUACAGGUGAAACACCACUUCAUAGAGCAGCAAGACUGGGAUCUACACAGUGUGUUGAUGUAUUAGUGAAGGCUGGAGCUGAUGUGAAUGUACAAAACAACACAGGUGACACACCUCUUCAUGCAGCAGCAGCGUGGUGGGGAUCUUCAGAGUGUGUUGAUGUGUUACUGAAGGCUGGAGCCGAUAUUAAUGUAAAGAGUAAUACAGGUGAAACACCACUUCAUAGAGCAGCAAGACGGGGAUCUACACAGUGUGUUGAUGUGUUAGUGAAGGCUGGAGCUGAUGUUGAUAUACAUAGUAAUACAGGUGACACACCACUUCAUAGAGCAGACACACCACUUCAUACAGCAGCAGCAGAGUGGGGAUCUACAGAGUGUGUUGAUGCGUUGCUGAAGGCUAGAGCUGAUGUAAAUGUACAGAAUAAUACAGGUGACACACCACUUCAUAGAGCAGCAACGUGGGGAUCUACAGAGUGUGUCGAUGUGUUAGUGAAGGCUGGAGUUGAUGUUAAUGUACAGAACAAUACAGGUGACACACCACUUCAUGCAGCAGCAGCAGAACGGGGAUCUACAAAGUGUGUUGAUGUGUUACUGAAGGCUGGAGCUGAUGUUAAAGCAGCAGCAGAACGAGGAUCUACAAAGUGUGUUGAUGUGUUACUGAAGGCUGGAGCUCAUGUUAAUGUUCAGAAUAACACAGGUGACACACCACUUCAUAGAGCAGCAAGAUGGGAAUCUGCAAAAUGUGUUGAUGUGUUAGUGAAGGCUGGAGCUGAUAUCGAUGUGCAGAAUAAUACAGGUGACACAUCACGCCACAUAGCAGCAAGAUGUGAAUCUACAGCGUGUUUUGAUGUGUUACUAAAGGCUGGAGCCGAUGUUAAUGUACAGAACAAUGCAGGUGCCACACUUCAUUAA